CUAGAAAUGACUGCUGUUACUGCAGGCAACGUUAACUUCAAAUGGGACCCCAAAAGCUUGGAGAUAAGAACACUGGCGGUUGAAAGACUACUUGAGCCUCUUGUUACACAGGUAACAACACUGGUUAACACGAGCAACAAGGGCCCCUCUAAUAAAAAGCGAGGGCGUUCUAAAAAGGCCCACGUUUUGGCUGCUUCAGUUGAACAAGCAACAGAGAAUUUCCUGGAGAAAGGAGAUAAAAUUGCAAAAGAGAGCCAGUUCCUUAAAGAGGAGCUGGUAGCAGCUGUGGAAGAUGUUCGUAAGCAAGGUGACUUGAUGAAGAGCGCUUCGGGGGAGUUUGCAGAUGACCCCUGCUCCUCUGUGAAGCGAGGGAACAUGGUCCGAGCAGCACGCGCCCUCCUCUCCGCCGUCACUCGACUGCUGAUUUUGGCUGACAUGGCGGAUGUCUACAAGCUGCUUGUUCAACUUAAAGUCGUGGAAGAAGGUAUCCUGAAACUAAGAAAUGCUGGCACAGAGCAGGAUUUGGGUAUCCAGUACAAAGCCCUCAAACCAGAAGUGGACAAGCUUAACAUAAUGGCAGCCAAAAGACAACAGGAAUUGAAAGAUGUGGGUCACCGUGAUCAAAUGGCAGCAGCCAGAGGAAUUUUGCAGAAGAAUGUUCCCAUUCUUUAUACGGCAUCCCAGGCCUGUCUGCAGCACCCUGAUGUAGCUGCUUACAAAGCCAACAGGGACUUGAUCUACAAACAGCUUCAGCAGGCAGUCACAGGCAUCUCAAAUGCAGCUCAAGCAACUGCAUCAGAUGAUGCUGCCCAGCAGCAGGGUGGAGGUGGAGAGCUGGCUUAUGCUCUGAACAACUUUGAUAAACAAAUUAUUGUGGAUCCAUCGACCUUCAGUGAAGAACGUUUUAGGCCUUCCCUGGAAGAGCGCCUGGAGAGCAUCAUUAGUGGAGCAGCCCUGAUGGCUGAUUCAUCCUGCACACGUGAUGACCGACGGGAACGUAUAGUUGCCGAGUGUAAUGCAGUGCGACAGGCCUUGCAGGAUCUACUUUCAGAAUACAUGGGGAAUGCAGGGGAAGAGGACAGAACAAAUCAUCUACUUGAAUUAUGUUCAAGAUUAAUAGUAUGCCAGUUAAGAAUUUAG